AACUUUUAACGGCUGCUCACUAAAGUGUUAACACGUUUUCGCAUUUGUCGCUUUAUCGGGGACGGAAAUUAAUUUAUUAAAGCGCGUUUCAGCUCGGCAAGUUUCAUAGAAAAAAUUCCAAAUUUUGACUUGCAUAAAUUAAGCUUCAAUUAACGAUUCCGUGGCGUGCAUGUGAACAGAAAUUUUCACAAAAAGUCAAAGUUCAGUGGAAGCUGAGCCACCAAACAGCUUAAUUGAAUUAUUAAAUUUUAAACUGAAGUGGAACAAAAUUUUAUGCUUCUUAUUAAGAAUUAAUAAAUAAAACGAACUCUGAGAUGCGGUUUUCAAAAUUCGUAUUGCAUGUGAAAGAAAACAGUGAUAUAUUUGUGUAGAUAUACGUUCGUCAAGAUAUAAAUAUUAUUAUGUAAUUUAAAAAAAAAUAUAACUGAUAAGUCAGUAUCAAAAUGACCUUAAGUGAAGUAUAAAUUAAAGUUAAAUAACAAAGAAUUAUAUACGAAAUGUUUGAUAUGAAAACUACAACUAACUUAACAGCAGGUGUGGGGGAACUAUUAAAUGCUUCAACUUCAUCUUUUCAAGAGAAUACAAUAACAACUGAAAGUUCUUACAAUGAUUUGAUAGCAAAUAUAAGCACAACUGCAUCUGAUUUGCUAACAGAAUGGAUCUCUACAACAAUUUUGGGAACAAAUAAUUUUAAUCUAACCAAUAAUGACACCGACAUUGAUGAUCUUUUAUUAAAUGACACUCUAAGUGAUGGCCUAUUUGACGACUUGCCAUACGAACCUUGUUCCCCAUUUAGCAAACAUUUCAAUUGCACACCGGAGGAAUAUUUAACUUAUUUGCAGGGACCUCAAAGACUGCCGUUGCAUACGGUACUGCUG